AUGCAAACUGGCACCUGGCUAGCAGCGAUAAUGACUUCGCUUCUUGUUAUUAUCAAUAACCAUUAUUGUAUUUCACAUACUGCUGAUACUAAUUCUGGUACAGCUGUUACUAAUAUCAAUAUACCAUCACCUGUUAUUGUCAACGAUGAACAGAAAGCGGGCACUUCCUAUGACUACCACGGGCUUUCUGCGUACAAUCGUUUGAGACAUUCAGAACGGCAACGACGACGAUACAAGCAAAUGUUGCAACAGAAGCAGAAGCAGCAGUUACAAUUACGUCGUUCUGAGGGUAGUGUCAGCGAAAAAUUCUUCGAUAAUUUACGAAGACCACUGAAUGUCAAUAACAAUGAUGGUGUAGUAAGAAAUAAAAUGAAAGCUCACCACAGAGAUCUCAAAUCAAAACGGGAGAGGAAUGAACCAUUAUGUGAAAGUGACCGUAAUACUGUGCAUAUGAAUACUCCAACAGAGGAAUAUGAUCCCCCAUUUUUUGUCGAAAUACGCUGCAAAAGUAUCGCUGAUUAUGAACAACAACAAGGACGUAUACCUAUUAGGCUACAGACGUGUGUGCAUGGCAUGUUACGCUGCGUGCAAAACUACAAGGAUCAACAUUUCUCGCGUCGGCGAAUUGGCUCUCAUAGUUGGCAUCCGUAUACAAUUCCCAAUGUGCCCAGUUCGUGUGAAUGCAUGUGGCCGGUGGAUAAGUAUGGGCACCAGGAACUCUAA